AUGGCCGAUUCCAAAGACUCCUUCAAGAUUGAACCCAAAUCUUCAUCUUCAUCCAACACAACCACAAUCACAACCUCAUCCUCACAAAAACAUCAUACGACUUUCAUGAUGGCCCAAAGCAUCCUCAGAAUCUUAGUCAUUGUCCUCACUGCAGUUUCAGUUCUAGUUACAGUCACCAACAACCAAACCGUUACGCUCUAUACUUUUCAGUUUGAAGCUCACUUUUAUUACUCUUCAUCUCUCAAGUUCUUUGUUGCUGCAAAUAGUGUGGUCUGUUUCUUGUCGGUGUCGUUACUGUUAUUCAAUCUUUUGAGGAGGAGGCAACAAACACAUCAACUAAAAGACUACUACUUCUUCCUAUUUUUGUUUGAUUUGGUGAUGACGGUGUUGUUGAUAGCUGGAUGUGCAGCAGCCACAGCCGUUGGAUUUGUGGGACAGUAUGGAGAAGACCAUGUGGGUUGGACUCCAAUUUGUGACAAUGUGAAAAAGUUCUGCAGAACCAAUUUGACUUCACUUUUGAUUUCAUAUUUGGCUUUCUUUGCCAAUUUAGGACUCACAGUUUUAAUAGCUUACAGAUGUACCUCAUGA